AGAGCCGUUUCCGGCUGUGGAUGGAUCUGACGGUUUUGAAUCGUUCUGAAUCUCUGAUCUGAAUCAGGCGGCGGCUUGCGUCACCUCGCAUAGCGCAUAGCAGAGCCGGCAGAGCCGCAUAGCGCAACAGAACUUAUUCCAAUAUUAUCCCAGGCUCUGAUCCUCUGACGCUCUGACCUUCGCCCCUUCGCGCCUUCGCCUUCCAGUCGCGCCAACUACAGCCGGCGAGGUCAGCGUGGUGCACGACCUGCAGUGUGCUCACGAGUGUAGUACCGUUGGCGCAGAUAGAGCGUAAAGCCGGUGUCGGUAGGGCAGUCGGGGUACUCCGUGCAGUAGAGCCGGCGAGGGUUAGUAAGCAACGUGAUUGCGCGCUGUCGGCAGCUUGAAGGUUACCCGCUUUUCAGUAAUCUAGCAAAAUGCCCCACAUCGACAACGACAUUAAACUGGACUUCAAGGACGUGCUGCUGAGGCCAAAACGGAGCACUCUCAAGAGCAGGAUCGAGGUAGACCUCAACAGGUCGUUCAAGUUUCGGAACUCCAGGGCUUCCUUCGAUGGCGUCCCGAUCAUUGCAGCCAACAUGGACACGGUGGGAACAUUUGAAAUGGCCCAGGUCCUGGCAAAGAAUUCUCUGUUCACGGCCAUCCACAAGCACUAUUCUGUCGAGCAGUGGAAGGAAUUCUGCUCCAGCAACCCCAGCAUCGUUGAGAAUGUCGCUGUGAGCUCGGGAUCGAGUCAAGCAGACUAUGAAAAGAUGAAGGCAAUCCUCAAGGAAAUCCCCCAACUGCGUUACAUCUGCCUGGACGUGGCCAACGGUUACUCUGAAGUCUUUGUGCAGUUUGUGCGCGCCGUGAGGAAAGAGUUCCCCAACCACACCAUCAUGGCGGGCAACGUGGUCACUGGGGAGAUGGUGGAGGAGCUGCUGCUCUCCGGGGCAGACAUCAUCAAGGUGGGCAUUGGCCCCGGUUCCGUCUGCACCACCCGCAAGAAGACCGGCGUGGGCUACCCACAGCUGAGUGCCGUCAUCGAGUGUGCUGAUGCUGCCCAUGGCCUGGACGGUCACAUUAUCUCGGAUGGCGGCUGUACCUGCCCUGGAGACGUGGCCAAGGCAUUUGGCGCCGGGGCAGACUUUGUUAUGCUCGGGGGCAUGUUGGCCGGACACGAUCAGAGCGGCGGUGAAGUGAUUGAGAAGGAUGGCCAGAAGUACAAGAUGUUCUACGGCAUGAGUUCUGCCACUGCCAUGGAGAAGUACCAUGGAGGCGUUGCAGAGUACAGGGCUUCUGAGGGGAAGACGGUGCAGGUACCGUACCGCGGUGAUGUCCAGGCGACCAUUCUGGACGUGUUGGGCGGUCUCCGGUCGGCCUGCACUUACACAGGUGCUGGCCGCCUCAAGGAGUUGCCACGGAGAACCACCUUUAUACGUGUGACACAGCAGCUGAACGAAGUUUUCCGCCAAGAAGCUUGAGUCGUGCCUUCUGCCCCAUCCUUGCUUGAGGAACCUGGACCAGAGCUGCUGGUCCUCAACGUUACUGCUCCCAUUUUGGUGGGGGGCAAACAAACCGAUGCAACUAGGCCGACUUGAGAGCAAUAUGUUGCAGUUACAAUUGGAUGGAUAUUGCGUCUCUUGUGCAUGCUAGGUGUGGAACUUUUCCUUGGUCAAACGAGGUAGGGAGGUGCCAGAACCUGCGGAAGGGACCUCAAGGAAGGGUUGGAGCAGCAGCUGACUUUUUACCCCUGGAACUGAGUCUCUUCAUAAAAGGGCGGGUGUUAAGCGAGUUCAUUUUGACGAAGUAUUGUUAACUUGAGUUGAUAUGUAAAAAAAACGCCAUGGACAAGGUCGUGGGCACAUACAGUAAAAUAGAAAACUAGGAAGGCGAAAAGGUUGCUCUUGUCGACUGCUGUUGCGAAGCCUUCCCUGGAGUCUCUUCUCGAGCCAUCUCUCAUGGUAUGGUGGUGGUGCUUGGAUUUGGUUGCAUUACCCAAGGCUCUGGAGCAAAUUUAAUGAUUGUAGCUUAAAAUGUAGUGGAAGUAUGCUCCCUCCUGAUAGUUCGUGUGUAACAAAGUUGUAUUAAUGGAAAACGAAGGCUGUUAAGGUGGAGGUGGUCCACCAUUUUGUUUUUCUUAAUGAGCUGGUGAACCGGAUGUUCCUGGUCACAGAUUGCUGCUAACCGGCUCUAGCAGGUCGAUCUCCCACACUGCACAGUGGCACUGCUACUGUGUUCUUGCCAACCUUUCACGCAUGUUUCUGUCGACAACGUAAAAUUUCAAAUAAUUUCCUGUUGUGGGCGCAUUGAGGUGCUGUCGAGGAUAGGCGAGCAGAGUGCAUCUUCUGGAAAGUUGGCUUGGUGUGCGACACUCCUACUUGUUUUAUGGUGGUCUCGAUGAGUAGGCCUUUGUAUUGUCUGUUCAGUGUGUGUGGUGCACUGGCCUUUUCCUUGAGAACAUCCCAUUCGUCUCUUAAGCUGAGAGACAAAGGUUAGCACUUGUUUCCCUCUAAAAGUAUGUGGAAUUUAAAAAAAAAAUGGACAAUUUUUUUUUAGCAGUUUUAACUGAGCCCUUAUGCCCCCUGCUAUUUAUUGAUACCAAAGUUUUUGCUUUGUUCAUUUAAUUUUGGGUCUAAGAGCCUGGCAGUAUUACUAUUACGAGCUGGGUUACAUAUAGUAUGUCUUUCACUAUUAGCACCUUUUGUGCAAGUAAGUUUGGUUUGUUGUACAACUUGCGAUGUCGCGUUGCUGCUGUCGGCACUGCACCUGCGCAACCGCUUCCCACGAAGCUGUGCACUGCCCAUGGCAAAUGCCAACUUGUUUGUAAGCAGCGUGUUGGUCCUUGGGCAAAAUUUUGGCACUUUUUUUUACAUAUCUGAAAACGAGAUGGUGAUAAACUAGUCAGAUUAAUGAUAGUGUACUUACCUGUUUUUUUUGUUUUUUUUUUCAAAUCCUUGUCGGCUAGUCAUUUUAUAUUCCACCAUUGAGAAUGUUCAAUUUGUUGGCUAUGAUGUGCCACAAUUUUAUUUCACAGAUCUGAUCUUCCCAAAGUUGUCGUCUAUAGUUGCUUAUGUUGCAUGUUGUAAGCAGCUAGUAAUGAAAUAAAUAGUUUACAUUUAAAACUCCAGGCAGAAAUUGCAAAAAAAAACGAGCUCAUUUUUGUUUUUGGGGGGAGGGGUAAAUCAUAAAAAAAAAUGCGCUGUGGGUCACUGGGUUACACUUGCACUGGUGCACAGCUUGGGUCAGGGAAGAAAGUCGUGUUUUAUUUUGCACGGUCUUGAGAUUUAUGAUGGAAGGACGAGGUCACCUGAAUAAAAAAUGGCAAGGAAGAAAAAAAUUUCCUAUCAAA